AUGCAGUAUAGCUCACCAGACAAUACACACAUGGCGGUCUGCUAUGCCAAGUUUCUCGGCAUAAUGGUACAUACAGCCGUGCCAACUUCGUCGAACAGCCCUGGUAGAGUAGCAAUGGGAGAAGAGACAAGGACUGAGAGUGGCAAUGAAGUGGCGACGCAGCCCAAGGGCCUUGGAGAUAUGACGCACUGUCCGCCAGACAAUAACAUGGUUGUCGAGGGGUUUAGUGACUUGGAUGCUGUCCCUGACCUGGGUUUAACCUCUGACCUCUUCUCAUGGUGGGAGUCGAUGUAUGGCCGGGACAUCUUUCCGCAGAUUCCCUAA